UUGGUUGUAAAAAGUCGGGUGAGUCAGCCCAAAAAGGGAAAACAUCGACUGGGCUACGCAUAUAAUCAUGCGGCGGCGCACAACCUAAUCCUCCCACGUGUUCCCUAUUUUCACAUCUCAAUUCCCAUUUCAAUUCCAGCUCCAAAUCUCAGAUGAAAAGACAUGGAGUCAUUAGACGACGAUUGUAAUUACUUGGAUUAUCUCGAUUCAAUCCUCAUCGACCAAAACACAUGUCCCGAUCUCUUUUGGUCCAAUCCAAGGGGGAGCGUGGGGAAUGAUUUAUCAUCAUCUGUGUUGGUGUCACAGGAACAAGAAAAUACACGCAAGAGGGCACGUAAUGAUUCAUGCAGGCGGCCGGGAACCAAAGCUUGCCGCGAGAAAUUGCGGCGAGAGAGAUUGAAUGACAGGUUUCUUGAUUUGAGCGGUAUUUUGGAACCUGGGAGACCUGCAAAAACUGAUAAACCGGCUAUACUUGAUGAUGCAAUUAGGGUUUUAAACCAAUUAAAAACUGAGGCCCAGGAGCUGGAAGAAACUAAUGAAAAGUUACAAGAAGAGAUUAAAAGUUUAAAGUCUGAGAAGAAUGAACUUCGUGAAGAGAAACUCGUUCUGAAGACAGACAAAGAAAAGAUUGAACAGCAGUUGAAAGCUAGGGCCCUUUCAACUGCUGGUUAUAUGCCAGCCCACCCAGCGGCGUAUCAUGCUGGGAUGAAUAAGAUGGCUGUAUUUCCUAGUUACGGUUUGAUCCCCAUGUAUCAAUAUUUAACUCCAUCUUCGCGUGAUACAUCUCAUGAUCAUGAACUCAGGCCCCCUGCAGCGUAGCUUUUUUCCUUGGCAGUUGGCAACCUGCCUAAUUCAAGUUAUCUGAAUAAUUUUUAGAUGAUCUUAAUUGUUACCUUCCAAAAAGUUCUGUUGUCCUCCAAGGUGUACAUACUAUUGCUGGUUCAAUUUGCCUGAUUCUUUUAUGUAACUAUUGGCAAAUGAAUGGAAGGGGGUCUCCAUGAUUUCAUUCUAA